ACGUGGCCAUGGACUUCACCCUGGAAGACUGGGAGAACCUGGGGCUGGACUGUGGGGACCUGUUCUGGGACACAGCCCUGGACAACUACCAGAACCUCUUCCUGCUGAACCCUCCCAGAACCAAUAUGGUCUCCUAUCCACAUGGUGGGAAAAAAGAGCCGGAAGCCAUGGGAAGAGGAAGCCCAAAAGAAGCUGACUUUGACAUGGUUGAAGUCAAGAAUUUUCCUCUGCCACAGGACUUUGUGGAAGAGGGACACUCUCAAGAGAUGGUGGAGACCUUUUCCAAGGACAGUCUGAGGAAUGUCAGUUUGGGAGGAGCCCAUAUAGGUGAGAGCUAUUUAGAGGGUCUGCUUGAUUCGGAAGUUCUUAUGAGGUCUGAUGUCACCGACAAGGGAAGUCCUACAGAUGGCGAGACACACAGAUUCAGAAGCAGCCUUAGUUCCGAGUCCAUGCCUUUCACUGGAGAGGAGUUCCUGAUUCAUGACCUUCCCCCAAAGAAACUGCCAGCAGCUGAGGCCCAGCAACGCAGGGAGGACUCGGGUUGCUGCUUAGACCAGAACCAGCAGGGUGACAGUGUCCAAGGACAGGAACUGUACAAAUGCAGUGAAUGUGACAAGAGCUUCUGCCGGAGUUAUCUCCUUAUCCAGCACUGGAUUAUUCAUGCCAGGGAGAAAGCCACAGUUCACCAGGAGAAAGAUUGCAGCCAGAAUUCAUCCCUCCUUACGCCUCCAGUGACACAUGCCGGCUCAAAAUCUGCUGUGUCUGAUAAAGGCAGGGAAAUGUCUCAUCCGAAUAUGCGCAUUCUGUGGCAACAGAAAAUAGACCCUGGAGAAAAACGACAAAAAAGUUCAGAGAGCGGCUGUGAAAGAUGCACAGAGCCUGGUGAGUGGCAGGAAAGCAGCCCAGAUGGGGAGACUUCUGAAGGUAGUGAGCGGGGCAGGAACUUCAACUGGGCUUUUCAUCUUUCUCUGCCUCAGAAGCCCCAGCCUCAGAAACCUCAGCCUCAGAUGCUCCAGCCUCAGAAACCGCAGCCUCAGAUGCCCCAGCCUCAGAAGCCCCGGCCUCAGAAGCCCCAGAAGCACUAUCAAUGUACCAGGUGCACGGCAGCCUUCAGCUUGAGCAAGCAGCUCCGAGAACAUCAGAAGGUUCAUGCCACAGACACUGCUUCCGAGUGUCAGGAGUGUGGCCAGACCUUCCGGCGGAGCUUGUCACUCCUCAGACACCAGACUGUGCAUACCAAAGAGAAACCUUUCAAGUGUGCCGAGUGUGGAAAACCCUUUAGCCACAGCUCAACGCUGAAGAUCCACCAGAGGACUCAUAGUGGAGAGAGGCCCUUCCAGUGCAGCGAAUGUGGGAAAACCUUCUCCCGGAGCACUCACCUUCAUGAACAUCAGCGGAUCCACACGGGCUACCGACCCCACCAGUGUCCCACGUGCAUCAGGAGCUUCAGCCGCCCCUCCCACCUGAUUCGGCACCAGACCACUCAUGCCACGGAGAAGCCCUACAGCUGUUCCCAGUGUAGUGAAACCUUCAGCCACGGUGGGCAUUUUGUUCAGCACCAGAAAAUUCAUGCCAUGGAUACCCCCUAUGAGUGUCAAGAUUGUGGUGAGCGCUUUGUCUGUCACUCAACCCUCGUUUGCCACCAGCUCAGUCACUCCGGAGACAGACAGGGACUCGAUGAAAGCAGGGAAGCUUUGACUAGGAACCCAGGCUCCAGAAGGAAUUUGAGUCUGGCUGAGAAAUGCUUUAAGUGUAAGACAUGUGAGCAGAGCUUCAGCAGCAGGAAGCAGCUGGCUCAGCAUGAGAGGACCCACCCCAGGGUAAAGCCCUUUAAGUGUCACCAGUGUGAGAGAGCUUUUGGCCAAAGUUCACAGCUCAUUCGCCACCAGAGGAUUCACUCUGGACAGAAGCCAUACCGGUGUGAGGACUGUGGGAAAACCUACAUUUACAGCACCUCCCUCGUGAAACAUCGGUCCAGCCACACGAAUAAGAGCACCCCACCAGAAGUUGGGGAGGCCUUUGAGCAAAGUGCAGGUCUCUCAGAACAGUGGUCAGUGCAGAUUCCAGAGAAACCCUUUCAGUGCACCAAAUGUGACAGAACCUUUACCUACCGCAGCUGCUUUCUCCAGCAUCAGAGCACUCACGCUGGAACGAAGUCUUUCGAGUGUCAGGAUUGUGGAAAAAUGUUCCACCAGAAAUCCUCCCUUACUAAGCAUCAGAGAAUCCACACGGGGGAGAAGACCCACGUGUGCAGUGAAUGUGGGAAAACCUUCAGCCUGGAGGCCCAGCUCCUCCGACACCAGCAAGUCCACACCAGGACCAAGCCUUUCAUCUGUCAGGAGUGUGGGAAAGCCUUAAGCCAGAGCUCAUGCCUUGCCGUGCACCAGCGACUGCACACAGGUGAGAAGCCCUUCGUCUGUGCUGAUUGUGGGAAAGCCUUUGCCCAGAAGGCCAAUCUCACUCAGCACAAACGCAUACACACGGGAGAGAAGCCUUAUGCCUGUGAAGUAUGCAACAGAGCCUUUAGCAUCAGCUCUCACCUCACUCAGCACCGCAGGAUUCACACCCAGGAGAAACCCUACCAGUGCCCACUAUGUCAGAAAACCUUCCGGUGCUGCUCAGGACUCCUCAGACAUCAGCGGAGUCACACUCCGAAGGAGCACAACUGCCUGUGA